AUGCAGACCAUUAAGUGUGUUGUCGUCGGAGACGGAGAAGUAGGUAAGACCUGUCUGCUCAUCAGCUACACCACCAAUGCCUUUCCUGGAGAGUACAUCCCCACAGUGUUCGACAACUACUCCGCCAAUGUUUUGUUGGAUGGGGAGCCGGUGGGCCUGAACCUUUGGGAUACAGCAGGACAAGAAGACUAUGACAGACUCCGCCCCCUUUCCUACCCAGAGACGGUACAACAACCACAAAAAGAAAGAUCACACAAUGAUAUUUUUUUCAUCUGCUUUUCCCUUGUGUCUCCUGCGUCAUUUGAAAAUGUCCGUCAUAAGUGGAUUCGUGAGGUGAGACACCAUUGCCAGAACACUCCCAUAAUCCUCGUGGGGACCAAAAUGGAUCUGAGAGAUGACAAAGACGCUUUAGAGAAGCACAAGAAGGAGAAGAAGACUAAUCUCUCUCCCAUUAACUACCCUGAUGGACUGGCCCUGUCCAAAGAGAUUGGUUCUGUCAAGUACCUGGAGUGCUCAGCUUUGACUCAACGUGGCGUUAAAACUCUGUUUGAUGAGGCCAUCCGGAUUGCCGUGUCCCCUCCACCUAUCACCAAGAAGACAAAGAAGUGCUCUCUCCUCUAA